AGGAAAGAAGGAGUUCAUGGAUUUUAUAAAGGAAUUAUGCCCAAUGUAAUACGAGUCACUCCUGCAUGUUGUAUCACAUUUGUAGUAUAUGAAAAAGUAUCUCAUGUGUUACUUGGACUUAAUAAUAAAUGAAGAUUGAAGAUUGACUCCAUAUAUCGUUCUGCACCCUUUCUGUUAAGCAGGAAUGCCAACACCUGUCUGGCAUAGAUUUUUUUUUCUGGAUUCAUAUUUGUCACUUUCUUUUGUUAUACCUUUUAAAUAGACCAAGAUCACCCGCAAGUUGGUAUGUUUCAAAUAUAUUUUAUAUUGAUCUCUGUAUCACAAAAUAAAUUGUUCCCAUUAUCAUCCUCA